CCACUCCGCCCACCAGCUGGUCGAACCACAAAACGCCCUCACAACCCGCCAUCAUGGCGAGCCAAACGGCAUCAAAUUCCUACCUGGGCGAGAAGCCAAACACGCGCCGCUCAGGAAAGUCACCUUCGCGAUCAGGAAAGUCACCAUCGCGAUCACCAGCACCAAACGGUCGGAAGCAGCAGCAGCAGCAGCAGAAGCAGAAAGUUCGAGCUUACACUUCGGAGGGAGUGCAGGACCAUGAUAUUUUCAACCUCCCCGGCUCUGACUGGCAACUGCUGGUGGGAUUGACCCUCAUUGCAUGCGUCGUACGAUUAUUCAGGAUCGCUCAGCCCACCAGCGUUGUCUUCGAUGAAGUCCACUUCGGUGGCUUUGCAUCCAAAUACAUCAAGGGCAAGUUCUUCAUGGACGUUCAUCCGCCGCUCGCCAAGCUCCUCAUUACACUUGCAGGAUGGUUGGGUGGAUUUGACGGCGAAUUCGACUUCAAGGAUAUUGGCAAGGACUAUCUGGAGCCGGGCGUGCCCUAUGUUACUAUGCGCCUCUUGCCCGCCAUUUGCGGUGUCCUGACGAUUCCCACCAUGUUCCUGACGCUCAAGGCGGCGGGUUGCCGUACAACCACUGCAGCUUUAGGAGCUGGUCUCGUCAUUUUUGACAACGCCCUCGUUACCCAGUCCCGCCUAAUCCUCCUCGACUCCCCCCUCGUCAUCUUCACGGCCGUUACCGCACUCGCCUGGACAAGCUUUACGAACCAACACGAGCAGGGUCCUUCCAAGGCUUUCCAGCCAUCGUGGUGGUUCUGGCUGGCAGCGACUGGUGUUGGCCUCGGAGCGACCGUCAGCGUCAAGUGGGUUGGUCUCUUCACCAUCGCCUGGGUUGGCAGCUUGACGCUCCUACAACUCUGGAUCCUACUUGGCGAUACCAAAAACGUGACGCCUCGAUUGUGGUUCAAGCACUUCUUUGCCCGCAUGUUCUGUCUAGUGGUCAUUCCUGUGUCAUUUUACAUGGCCAUGUUCGGAAUCCAUUUCAUCUGCCUGGUCAAUCCCGGUGAGGGCGAUGGCUUCAUGUCUUCUGAGUUCCAGUCCACUCUGAACUCCAAGGGCAUGCAAGCUGUUCCGGCUGACGUUGCAUUCGGCAGCCGCGUGUCUCUCCGCCACUGGAACACACAGGGUGGGUAUCUUCACUCUCACAGCCACAUGUACCCGACCGGCAGCAAGCAACAACAGAUCACCCUGUAUCCUCACAAGGACGAGAACAACGUCUGGAUCAUGGAGAAUCAGACUCUACCAAUCAUGCCCGAAGAUUACACUGGACCAAAUCUCACAAGCCCCAAAGCUUGGGAUGGAGUCGGCCCGACCUACAUUGAGGAUGGCGCCGUCAUUAGGCUUUAUCACAUCACCACUGACCGCCGUCUCCAUUCUCAUGAUGUCCGCGCACCUGUCACGGAGGCUGAUUGGCAGAACGAGGUGUCUGCUUAUGGUUACGAAGGGUUCGAGGGCGAUGCGAACGACCUGUUCCGCAUUGAGAUCAUCAAAGGCAAGUCCGACGGGGCCGAGGCGAAGAAGCGGCUCCGGACAAUCCAGACGAAGUUCAAGCUCGUCCACCUUAUGACUGGCUGUGUGCUCUUCUCGCACAAGAUCAAACUUCCCGACUGGGGCUUCGAGCAGCAAGAAGUAACAUGUGCUAGGGGUGGUACCCUUCCGAACAGCAUCUGGUACAUUGAAGGUAACGUUCACCCUUUGAUGGAUGCCGACGCGGAGAAGGUGAAUUAUCGCAACCCUGGCUUCUUUGGAAAGUUUUGGGAGCUGCAGAAGGUCAUGUGGAAGACCAACGCUGGUCUUACUGAAUCUCACGCCUGGGACUCGCGCCCUCCCUCCUGGCCCCUCCUUCAGCGUGGUAUCAAUUUCUGGGGGAAAAAUCAUCGUCAGAUCUAUCUACUAGGGAAUCCAGUUAUUUGGUGGAGCUCUAGUGUGCUCAUUGCGCUUUACAUUGUCAUGAAAGGUCUUGCGGUUCUCCGCUGGCAACGUGGUUACAGCGACUACAGCAACGUCACGUUCAAGCGCUUCGACUACGAGAUUGGCAUGACCAUUCUUGGAUGGGCUUUCCACUAUUUCCCCUUCUAUCUCAUGGCACGUCAGCUAUUCUUGCACCACUAUCUGCCCGCUCUCUACUUCGCCAUUCUUGCUCUAUGCCAGAUGUUUGACUUUGUCAGCUACCGGUUUAGCAUCUUUGGCCUGAAGCAGUAUCCUGCCAUCGGUCAGGCAGCAGCUGUUGGGUUCUUGGCUAUCGCGAUCAUGGUGUUCACGAUCUAUUCUCCUCUGGCCUAUGGCAAUGCAUGGACUAAGGAUGCCUGCAAUAAUGCUAAGCUGUUUGAAAGCUGGGACUGGGACUGCAACAACUUUCUUGCAUCGUACGAAGCAUACAAUUCACAAUCCACCCCGGUGGCGUCGAUACCCGCACCCUCAUCUGCUCCUCCGCCUCCUGUUGCUCCCCAAAUUCCGGUUCAGCAGGAUCAAGCUAAUGAGAUGAAGCAAGAAGAAGUAGUCUCCGAGCGGGCUGCUGUCUCUCCUCCGCCGCAGGGCGCCCCUAAAGAGCUGCCCGUUGUAUCCAAGGAAGAGCGUAUUGAGUACCGCGACGAGAACGGGCGCAUUCUCAAUGACGAUGAAGUAUCAGCACUGGCAGGAAAGGUUAGCUUUAAGACUCGCUACGAGACGCGGACGCGCAUUAUCGAUGCACAGGGCAAGGAGAUCUAUGAGGGCCUUGUGGACGCUCAUGGGCCUGCUGAGGAGCAUGGUGUUGCACCACCUCACCCUGAUGCCGAAGGCAUCAACCCAGAGACGCAGGAGCAAGAGCAGGCUGCUGCGGCUAGCGAGGCUCCGCCUACGGUGGAGGUAGUCGAGGACCAGAAGAAAGAGCAGAGCGUGGAGCAGCACAAGAACGAUGCGAAGCCGGCAAGCGAGGCACAGGCGGCGACUCAGGAGUAACUCUUUCCAUCUGGACCGGAAUCCAAUCGGUGUCAGACGAGAAUGCCUUAUGAAGCCCAAGUGAUGUUCGUUUCUACAUCUCCAAACAUGGGAGAUGAUGUUGGGUGUCGCUCUUUCUCUUUUGUAUUAUAGGGAUAUUGUUAGAAAGCUGAAUUAGGAAGCUUAAAGAGCUGGUGGCGCUGGAUCUGACUGGCAUAUGGACAGAGGGUGGGCUGUAUUUGUGGUGUAUUUGUACAAGUGAAUACAUCCAUCCUAGCUCGUCAAUUUUUGCACACCCUAUGCCGUUGAGCUGGCGGAUAAGCUCGCACAGCAGGUAGGGCAUUGGUUAAUGAGUGUCUUUGCACGAAUACAUGUUAGUGCCUUCGAAUCCUCCCG